AUGGCGCAGCCUUACCCCAGGCGCAAUGGCAACAGCAGCCAAAACAACAACCUAAUCGCCACGCUGAGUGAAAUGCAAAUUGACUUGGAUUACAUUCAGCAGCUCAGGUGGAACAUAAAGACCAAGGUGGAUAUGUUAAUGAGCAAAUUAUUCCCCAUAACGAGAAAAAAAGAGGAAAAGAGAUUUAUAGUAAUAAUCGAAAAAAAUAAAAAUUAUGAUAAUUUUCGAUGCCCGAUAUGCAUGCUGAUAUUAUACAAACCAGUGAAGACAAAAUGUGGCCACAUGUUUUGCAAGGAAUGCAUAGAGUUCGUUUUAAAAAAGUUCGACUAUUGUCCUAUGUGCAGGGAAAAUAUAAAGGAGUUCAAAUUGGAACAUGUGCAAAAUAGCUUCUUGGGCAAGGAGUACACAGAUAUAAAAAUCAGAUGCUGGAGAUGCAGGGAAAUUACUGAUAUAGAGAAUUAUGAAGCCCAUCUGGAAAGUCACUUGGAUGACGACACGUACAGGGGAAAUGGCUGCUGGAAAGGGAGCGUUGUCCCUACAUGCUUCGUCACCGACAUGAUCCCAACAGGCGUCUCAUGUAUAGGGACAACCCUACAAGCUAAUCCGACAGACCCGCUCAUUCGAGCUCUAAGCCCAUUCUUCAAUAAAAGAAUUAACGUAGCAAAUAGAGACGAAUUUGUUAAAACAGUUAGGGAAAACCAACUAAAUACAGAUAUACACAGUGUGCAUCUGUUGUUUGGCAAAAGGAUCGAAAAGGAAACCCCAAAUGGGAGGGAAGCCAAGGUGGAAAAUCCACAUGGAAAUCAAAGUGGGAACCCUAACUUAUGUGCAAAUACGAACCCAUGUGAACAACAUUGCGAAAUGAUCAACAUGGACGACAUCACAUGGGAUGCCUUCAUCCUUGUGCAAAUAAAAUGGGAGAAAAAAAAACAAAUGUAUAAAUCUAACGCUAUGGGGGAUGAUAAAGUAUACAGCUCUAUGUUACCCUCUCCAACGAGUGACAUAAAACGAGAGGACAACAUGAAUGACUCCCCCUCGGAAAAGAAGGAUCGACGUGCGCAACGUAGCAGGAGGGAUGUUCUAUACACAUUAGACAAUUUUGAAGCUUACCAAAAGAGGAAAUUGAAAAAAAAUAAAACGAACAAGUAUUUUUAUGUUCUCCUUGAGUACAACGCAAGAGGGUUGUUUUUCACCCCUAUGAAAAAUAUUCCAGUGUUUAAAGACAUGAGCAUGGAGAAGAGUAUCAUUUAUAGAGGUGGAGACAAUCGUUGGGAUAGGCAUGAUGUGAAAGAGGGUAAAAGGGACGACCCCCCCGAAGAGCAGUUAAUUGACAUCCUAGUCAAGCUGAAUGAAAGAAUAGAAUCCAAAGUCUACCACAAGCACUUGCACAAUGCCGUUCAUUUAUUUCAUGAAUUUUUAAAUUGGUACUUGAGGAUAGAACAUAGUGACACGAAAAUUACUGUAAAAAGAACCCAUUUUAAGAAGAACCAACUGGAAGAUCCCGAACUUAUGCUUUUGCUCUUUUAUUUGAAAUACGAAUGUACAGUACCAGAAGAGGUCGACUACGGUUUUAUGUAUUCACUUGUACCCUUUUUAAACAGAGUGCUGAACUCCGCAAAGGAAACUCACCAAACUCUGUUCGUUACGGAUGUGUACAUAUAUAUAGCGGGUACAACACAACGGGGGAAACACCGCCAGGGUGACGGAUACGCAAAUAAGUCGAAUUCGCUUGCUAGACUUUCGAGCGUCUCUUUAAGAAAGGCAGAUAUGAAUAUUCACUUUGUACUCAGGCUGAGGCGGGGGAAGCCAAUUCCAUGUGAAAAGGAACAGGCAGGUGUAAGGGUGGGUGUAGACCUCCAUACAAGUGCAGAAGUAGAUCAAUAUCAAGUAAAGGAAGAAACCAGUGGACAUUUGCAGAAUUAUGAUGAUGCCUCAGAUUUAUGUUACCUCCUGCUCUGCUUCUCUGACAUGGGGUUCCAGUGGGACGUAAAUGAAUCCCUAGACUUUUCAAAAACGAAAAAGAAUAUGCCUUACAAAGAGAUGAAGGUGUUUUUUAGUAUCGACAAGUUGAUACUUUGCCUUUUCAACGUGCGAAGAAAGAAAUACAGCCCCUUAUUUUGGAACUCCGCCCACCUCCUCCAGUACCUUUUGCACUUUUGCGUUGACUGA